UUCUGUAGCUCACUAAACUUGACAUGCGAUAAUAUAACCAAUUCGACAUAGAUUUUGUCGUAAAUUGACGGAUUAUUGAAUGGAGUCAUAUCAAAUAAUUUUCGGGUCGACAGAGUUUGGGAUUUCCUGUUCCUUGACAUGCCUAGGUUCAACUACCAUUCUUUGCUACUUCAGAACCAUUCGUAAUCAUCUAUUAUUAUUGCCUUCAACUCUCAAACAUAUAUUCCCCUAACAAAUGUUUGAGACCGAGUAGCAUCCUGUUCUUGGCUCUUCUGUGACUUAAUUCUUAUCAAGAAAUCUACGCGAAAUGGCAGACUCCGAGCACUCUUCUUCUGAUGACACUGUCGUGGACUCUCGAGAGAAAAGCACAGACAAAUCUGAGCUUCAAUUCUCCGAGGACGAGGAGGCACUUAUCAUAAGAAUGUACAAUCUAGUAGGGGAGAGGUGGGCGCUGAUUGCUGGGAGGAUUCCGGGAAGAACAGCAGAAGAAAUUGAGAAGUAUUGGUCCUCUACACACUCAACUAGUCAAUAAACAACAAGCUCAAUUGGUUGUUUCAUCUGUAUCCAAAAUAUUUUACUUCUUGUCUUGUAAAUUUACUACCUACGUUCAAAAGAAAUCUUCAUUUAUCAGAUAA